CUUACUUUGUUGCAACUUCAUGCAAUACAUUCUGUCUAUUAUUUCUUGUCUCUCCUACAAAAUGUAAACUCAAAAGAAGAAUUUUCAAGUUAUUUCUACAUUCAAGAAAUAUAAAUGUCUCUCAUCAACACCAAUGAAUUCCAGGCUGAUUUCACUCAAAAAUCUGCUAGAGUUAAGUCAUUGGACCUUCAUCCAGUGCAGCCAUGUGAGAUCAGCAAAAUUCGUAGCACAAAAGGAUUGGAUCAUAACAGGGAGCGAUGACAAAAUGAUCCGUGUGUAUGACUACAAAACUGAAGAGAAGGUGAAGGAGUUUGUGGCACAUAACGAUUACGUGAGGCACAUUGUUGUUCAUCCCACUCUUCCAUAUGUUUUAACCGCGUCCGAUGACAAACAAAUCAAGCUUUGGGAUUGGGAGGACUGGGUUUGUACUCGAACCUUCCUAGGACACUCACAUUAUGUGAUGCAGGUGGCUAUCAACCCGAUUGACCAUAACAACUUUGUUAGCGUAUCUCUUGAUGGCUCCAUUAAGAUAUGGAAUCUUGACAACCCGAACCCAAUUACUUCAGUAGCUGCCCAUAACACUGGAGUUAAUUGCGUUGCUUAUUACUUAACAAGUGAUAAUAAACUCUAUAUACUCACUGGUUCAGAUGAUUUUACCACAAAGGUAUGGAAUUAUGAAAAUAUGAACUGUGUUGAAGUGUUAAAAGGACACACAAACAAUGUGUCUAUGGCUCUUGUUCAUCCUAACCUUCCGCUCAUUUUUACUGGAUCUGAGGACAAAACAAUUCACAUUUGGAAUGCAAUCACUUACAAGCUGGAGAAGACCCUAGAUCAGGGUCUUGGACGAGUGUGGGUGCUUAAGUAUGACAAAAUUUCCAACAAGAUUGUUAUUGGCUGUGAUGAGGGAUUCCUAGUGGGAAAGUUUGGGCCUUGAAGAAUUUGAAGUGUGGAUGUCUUCGAAUCAAAUUUGAGCGGAUUGGUGUUUAUCUGAAAUGCUGAAGAUGUCUUUAUUUUAAUUUUCUUAAAAUGAUUGCCGUAUAUGCUUUACUUUCUAGAGAUUUUAGUAUGCACUGCGUGUAUUUAGAUCUAGUGCUACAAUAAAUAAAGGACCAUUGUCCAACACUACAACAUAUUAUCAUACUUUGCAAGAUUGUUACUUUUA